AGCCGGGCAGGAGGCUGCAGGCUCCCCCGGAGACCGUCUCUGCCCCAACUCCCCAAGGGCUUGUGCUGUCGGAUCCAACCUGCCCCGUCUGUCCCGGCUGCAGAGCAGGCUCUGGGCAAGGAGGGGGCAGGAGAGCGCGGCAGCUCAAAUGUCCCGCGUGUCACUGUCCCCAGGGCAGCCCGACGAGGAGGUGGCGUCCGUCCAGGGAGUGCGGGGCGGCUCUGUGGAGCUGGCCUGUGGCUCCCCGCCCGCCCCCCUGGUGGUCUUCUGGAGCUUCACCCCCCUGGGCUCGCGGAUCCCCCGGCCGGUGGCUGUCACCAGCGGAGCCGAGUUCAAGGUGGAGGCCGGCGCCUCGGCUCUGGGGACCGUGAGCCUGCGGAACAGCAGCCUGGUGCUGGGGGAGCUGCGGGAGGCUGCCCGCGGCCACUUCCUGUGCCAGGCCCUGCACGCCACCGGAGGCCGGCUGCACACCGCCUACUCCCACUUCAGCCUGGCCGUGCUGGUGCCUGUGUCGAAGCCUCAGGUGCAGCUGAGCGAGCCGUCCCCCGUGGAGGGGACAUCGGUGGUGGCCACGUGCACAGUGCGGGAGGGCACGGAGCCCGUGACCUUUGCCUGGAAGCAUCAGGCACCCAGAGGCCACGGGGAGGCCCCGCUGGGGGUCAGGGAGCGAGUGCUCCUGCUGGACCCAGUCAACCGGACACACCUGGGCUGGUACGUGUGCAGCGCCCACAACGCCGUCAACCAGCUGAGCAGCGACGGGGCCUUCCUGGACGUCAUCUACGGUCCGGACAAGCCUGUGGUCACCAUGGAGCCGCCGGGCUUCACUGAGGAGGGUUUCUGGGCCAGCGAGAAGGAAGAAGUGACUCUGAGCUGCCUGGCUGCGUCCAACCCCCCUAGUCACUAUGUGUGGCUCCGGGACCACACGCAGGUCCACACCGGGCCGACCUACACCAUCGCCAGCGCCAGCCGCGCCCACACUGGCCUGUACACCUGCCUGGCCCACAACAGCCGCCUGGACACCCGCACGCAGACUGCCAUCCAGCUCAGCAUCUACUAUCCCCCCGAGGGGCAGCCCUCCUGUGCAGUGCUCCCCGCCCCCGGGGCUGUGACUUUGGUCUGCGCCUGGCCUGGGGGGCUUCCAGCUGCCCAGCUGCAGUGGGAAGGGCCCCAGGGAACAGGCCCUGCCGCCCUCAGCAAUGUCACCUGGAGCCACGCAGCCACGCAGCUGCCCAACGGCAGCGUCUUCACCUGCACCGGCCAGCACCCCGCCCUGGCGCUGCCCGCCCCCUGCAGGACCGCGCUGUGGGAACCCCGCCGGAACCCUGCGUGCUGGACCAUGGCCACAUCGGGGGAGCAGUUCAUCAUGCUGAGCUGCGAGUGGGCUGGCGGCGAGCCCCCCGCCCUGCUGAGCUGGCUGGAUGGGCAGCAGCAGCCGCUGGGCAGCAGCAGCGCCUCGCUGGCGGUCCACCUCCUGCCGGCCCGGGGCGACCUGGCUGGCAGGGCGUUCACCUGCCAGGGCACUCACCCACUCAGGGUCCCCGGUCCCCACUGCCGGCUCCAGCUGGAAGCCCCACAGCUGGCAGUGGCUACAGCCCGGGUGUCGGUGCUGGAGGGGCAAGAAGCCUGGCUGCGGUGUGUCCUCCUGGGGGGCACACCACCUGCCCACCUCCUCUGGCUGGGACCCCAGCGGCAGCUCUUGGAACCGGGCGAUUCCGGAUUCAUGCUGCACCCCGAGGGCUCCCAGCUCCACCUUAGCAUCCGCGGUGCAGACCCAGCUCGCCACGGGGGCACCUACCAGUGUGUGGCUCGCAACGCCGUGGGCAACAGCAGUGGCAGCAUCCUGCUGGAGGUCCUCCGGUACCCAGCUCCCCCCAACGUCACCAUCAGCCGCCUGACCUACGGGAGGCACCGCAGAGACGUGCAGCUGCAGUGGGCGGUCGCAGGUCCCGGCAACCUGACCGGCUUCCUGGUGCAGCGCAGGGCGGGCGCUCCGGGCCCAGGAGCUGCGGCCUGGGAGACAGCGGCCGGCGACAUCGAGCCAGAGAGCAGAGCCCGGCGGCUGGGGGGCUUGGACCCCGGGGUGCUCUACGCCUUCCGCAUCCUGGCUCUGAACCACCGCACAGCGGGACAUCCCUCUGAGGGGAAGAUACCAGCGGACCCGCCCUUCAGCGCCUACCCAGCUGUGCUGGGCGCCGCGGGCACAGGCAUGGUGGUGGCGACGGUGGCCUCUCUGCUGGUGUUCCAGUACGCGGCCCGGCACCCGGAGGCCCUCCCCUGUGAGCCUCGGGCAGCUGAGUGCGGACCCCAUUCGGGGCUCGGGAGGAAGCGAGGCUGGGACGAGGCUGGGAUGGUGUGGCUGUCACUAACCUCGCUGUCCCACUUCGCCCUCAGGGAGCAGAGCCACCCACACAGGGGCUCGGCGGAGGGCCCCGAGGUGCAGGCAGGCACUGAAACGCCACCUGCCACCCCGGCUUCGGAUCCGGCGCAGGAGUCCAUGGAUGCGCCAGUGAACGUCACCAUCACAGUGACCGCAACACCUUGAGGCCCAGGGGGAAGUGGGGGGACAGGGAGGGGGGUCCCCACUGUCACACUUGGUCCUAAAAGCAAGGUGACACCAACGCCCCCUCCCCGCUUCACGCCCAGCCUUACACCCCGUGCGAGGCCAGCCCAUGGCCGCCAAGGACUCGGCUAGAAGGGAAGUCCUGGCCCCGCGGUGAGACAGACGGGACAUGGGUCAGCGGGUGCCCGUGGGCAGCGAGAUGCGGUGCUGGAGGCACAGCCGGUGCCCUGAGCAGGCCGGGCGCCGAGCAAUCCCUCAUAAACCUGCUGACACUCUCACCAGCGGGGGUUGUUCCACUGCAACUCCCACAGGGAAAGGCCGCCCCAGGCUCAGGUGGGCCCCGGUUCUCCCGCCGGGAGGAGGCUGGGAGAUGGGGUGCAGGAUGUGGAGGCAUGAGUCCCCUUCAUUCACCUGCAGCGACACGGUCUUCUGGCUCUUUACUCUCCACACCUCAAAUCCCUCCCCGAGGACACACCCGGUUACAGGACCAGCCGUCAGCGCUGGUGGCGGAGCAGGGCCAGCAGGGCCAGGGCGCCGUCUCCUCCCUGUGGGGGAGGAGUGGCCCCAGGCCUGCAGGUGGUGAAGAGGGACAGGAUGCAGGUGCCAGGCCCCCGGGUCUGUGCCCACAAGGGGAGCAGAGGCCACUCCUGCCCCAGGCGGGGCGCUGGCUGAGAGGGGACCCAGGCUGUUCCAAAGUCCCUCUCCGCCAGCCGCCAGCGUGACUCACUGGCUCCAAGUGUGUGUGUGUCCGAAACACUGAGAAACACAAACCGAUGCUUGUUCGGGGCUGGCCCUGCAGGGGACGCGGAGGAGCAGCCAGGGCCGAGCUGGCUGCCAGGAGGAGGGCAAGUGGCGCCCAGAGGAGUGGGAAAGGGACAGGAACUGAAGCUGCCUCGGGGGUUCUCACAGAUUCAGGCUUUAUUAGAAAAGGGGUGUCAGGUCCCCUCCGAGCCCUCAAGACGGGGCUCCGGUUUAGGGAAGCCUUAUUUAAAUGUGGGGGAUUGGGGAGAGCGGGUACAGUGUUUGGACAGGUUCAAGCCACGGACUAAUGAGAGGGCACAGUCCUCUCAUGGCCACGUGCAAGUCCCAGCUUGGAGGGCAGGGCCCUCCCAGCACAAUGAUAGCCAACAGCUAGAGUUGUGAGCUUGAGCCUGUGGUCUGAACACGUGGCCCCACAUGCCUGAGUGAUGUGGGCUUGACAGAGUUCAGGUGCAUGUAGUUGAGUAGGAUCGAAACCCAGGAGAAUGUGGUAAACAUCUUGAC